AUGACAACAUUUGCUAAUACUUAUUAUACAAUGAGUGAAGUAUGGCGAACAUUUUUAAUUCUAAUAGCCGCUAUUAUUUUAGCCAUCGUCUUUCUUCUUAUUAUUACUCUUCUAUCAACAUUCGAAACAACAUCGAAUAAUUCAAAACAACGAGUAGCUAUAUUACAACAACAAAAACAACCGUUACUUUUGAUACCAAUUGAUGAUGAAAAACAAAAUAAUAACAAUUAUCAAAAUUAUUGUAAAAUAGAUCGUACAAAAAUAAUAGCUUCAUGUUCAGAUACUAAUACAGGUUAUUAUGAUUCAAUAUUAGCGAGUCAUGAUUCAGCGUAUUAUAUUGCACAUGAAACAUGUUUUCAAUCAAAUGUUAAAAAUCUUUUACUUCUACAAAAUUCAAAACAUGUUCAAUGUUGUACACUCGAAAAUAAAGUCGAUCAUUUUAUUUAA